AUGACUUCGUUGCAGGAAAAGCUGGAGAAAAUUAAGUCUCCCAAGCUUCACAAUCAGCACCAUACAUCAGUGGUCCUCUCCGCAGUGGAAGAUACACUCCGCGACCAGCAUGCCGAAUUCACACCAACCGCAUACUUCGCCGCCCUCCUCGCCCUCCUAGGCCAGGCCAUCAAUGCCAACCAAGGCAUUGUGAACAAGGACCUUGCAGCCUCCAUUGUUUACCUCCUCGAUAUCGUUUCCCCCUUCGUCCCCACUCCACUCCUCACCUCCAAAUUCUCCCAGAUUCUCACCGGCCUUGCACCUGCCCUCACCCUUCCCGAAGCAGAAGCCCCGCUCCUCAAGCCAUCCGUGGGAUGUCUUCAGUCGCUAUUGGUAGCUCAAGACGCGGCGGCAUGGGCUCUACCACAGUCUCAGAUAGGACCCCGCAGAGCUAUGGCCGGCCUGAUGGCACUGGCCGUGGACCACAGACCAAAAGUGCGUAAGCGGGUACAUGAUUCGCUAAUGCAUGUGUUGAAAAACCCCCCACCCUCCCCGGCACUGGACCACCCGGCGGCAGAUAUGUGUGCGGAAACUUCCCUACAGACGCUGAGCGAGAGUAUUGCGGCAGCCGCAAAGGCCAAGAAGGGCCGCCAUGGACAGCAUCAGGGCAGCCAACACGAGCCGAUGGUCAUCCAUGCUGUACAAUUGGUGAAGACUAUUGCCAUGGCCUCGGGUGGCUGGCCAACAAAGAAGAUCGAGCCAUUAUGCGAGCUUCUGAUGAAUGUAUCCAGGUCGUCUAACGAGUACCUGACCAUGGCCGCAUUUGAGGUUUUCGAGAUAAUCUUCCAGGGCAUGGCGGAUGAGUUUUCCUCGUCGAAACUUCCCCGGCUGAUGGAGGCAAUUUCAGAGUUGAAACCUGCUCAGAAUGAUUCGCAAUUACUGCCGCCCUGGAUUGCGGUUGUAUCUAGGGGAUACGAUGUAUCUGCGCAGGUAAACCCGAAAGAAACUUUUGAAAAAUUACCGGAACUUUUUGAACUUAUCUCGUCAUUCCUAGCUUCGUCUUCGCGAAAUAUCAGAAUAUCAGCCUCGGAGUGUCUUAUCUCUUUUCUUGUCAACUGUAUUCCAGACUCGGUUAUACUCGAGCCAUCCAUAUAUGACGAAAAGGUGUUUGAGAAACUUGCUAAAAUAGCUACUGGACUGCUCUCUGUCAAGUACCAGGCUGCAUGGAUGGAGGUACUAAACGUACUCUCCGUGAUGUUUGACGCUCUGAAAUGGAGAUCAUUCCCGGUUCUAACAGACAUCGUGAGGACAGUUGGGGAGCUACGAGGUUAUGAAUCAUUUGCUGGCAAAAAACAAGCCGAUCAAGUGCUAGGAGCUGCAAUUGCCGCCAUGGGUCCCGAAGCAGUACUGAAUAUACUACCGCUGAAUAUCACAAACCAAAAAGCGGGCCAAGCGGGCCGAGUCUGGCUUCUUCCUAUCCUCAGAGACCACGUAUCAAACACACGUCUGGCAUAUUUCAGAUCCGAAUUCGUUCCACUCAGCGAAGCGCUAUUCCAGCGCGUCCUGGAAUACGGAAACGCUGAGAAGACAGUCGAGGUAAAAAUUUUUGAGACCCUCAUUCAGCAAACCUGGGCCAUUCUACCGGGUUUCUGUGAGCUCCCACUGGAUCUGACAGAAUCCUUUGAUCAAAGCUUUGCAGAGCUGCUUGCAAAUGUGCUCUACAAACAGACUGAGCUGCGGGUGGAUGUGGGUAGAGCGCUGCAGAAUCUUGUAGAGUCGAACCAAGCGAUUACAUCUUUGGAUACUGAAACGGACGAUCUAAUACUUCAGCGGCGAAUCUCGAAGGAAGAAGCGAAGAGAAAUCUCGCACAUCUUUCUGGGUUUGCAAGCAAUCUCCUUGCUGUGCUGUUUAAUGUCUACAGCCAGACCUUGCCCCAGUUUAGGGGUUUUCUGCUGCAAUGUAUCAAUGCGUAUCUAAGCAUUACAGAUGAAAAGGAACUAAUCGAAACAUUCACACGGGUCACAACGCUGCUGGAGGCCUCUCUUGCGGAGACAGAAACACCUGAGCAAAAGCAAUCAAAAGUCCCUGGCGACAAAAUGCCCCCAACCUCACACACGCUAAUGGAUCUCCUCGUGACGAUGUCGAUAUAUCUACCGCGGUCAAAUUUUGUAACUUUAUUUUCACUUGCAGCGGCGGUUCUUAACAAAAAGGCCUCCGACCUCCAGUUAAUCAAGAAAGCAUACAAGCUUCUUCCGCGUCUAGCUUCAACGGAAACUGGCGCUACCGCUCUUCGCGAACGGAGCUCCGAACUGCAAUCCCUCAUCCUUUCAACAGCCGAUCAGACCCCGCCUCCAGCCCGCCGUGACAGGCUCCUAGCCAUCCACGAAAUAGUCACCUACCUCCCAACCUCAGACCUCCAUUUCAUCCCGUCAGUGCUCCCCGAAGUAGUCCUCGGAUGCAAGGAGAGUAACGAAAAGGCCCGCACAGCCGCAUUCACAUUACUCAUCCACCUCGCCCAACGCACCAUUGACCCCGAGCUCAACCCCGCCGGCACGGUAAUCCGCAACUCGCUCGUUCCACACAUGCCAGAUACCGCCCCAGACGCCCCCGCCACAAUCGAAGAGUUCUUCACCAUGGUCUCCGCCGGCUUAGCAGGCAGCUCCCCGCACAUGGUCGCCGCGUCCGUGACAGCCCUAUCCCGCCUCCUCUUCGAAUUCCACAACAAACUCCCCCCCUCAAUGCUCUCCGAUCUGGUACAAACGAUCGAUCUCUUCCUGACAAGCAACAACCGCGAAAUCGUCCGCAGCGUGCUCGGUUUUGUGAAAGUUGCCGUCGUCGCGUUGCCCGAGGACAUGCUGCGUCCACGUCUCGAUUCCCUCGUCCCCAACCUCCUGGUGUGGAGCAAGGAGCACAAGGGCCGUCUGAAGAGCAAAGUAAAAGGAAUUCUCGAGCGGUUGAUCCGGCGCUUUGGCGCGCCUCUGCUUGAAGGAGUAGUUGGGGAGGCGGAUCGAAAAUUCAUCGUGGCGAUCCGCAAGGAGCGCGAGCGGCGCAAGCGCAAGAAGAACCAAGCUCGAGAAGGCGAAGAGGGCAAGAAUGAAGACGGAGAUGGCGACGAGCAUGCUGCCCGAUCACGCAAGGCAGGAGCAGGAAGCUCCCAACGGGGCGACAAAUCCUUCAGCAACGAAUUCGAUAAAGCAGUCUACGGCUCCGACAUGUCGGACUCGGACUUCGCAACGACCGACUCCGACUCCGCCAGCGAAAUCGAAGUCGACGAGCAGGGCAACAUGCAUGCGUCCGAGCGCUGUCCGUGA